CUGUUAACACAUAAAUGUUUUUGCAUAUUGAUGAAUGAGAAUUCAAAACAAUUUGAAAUUUAAAAGACUAUCGUUUUCUAAACUGAAACAAGUUGAGAGUGUAAAGUACAAGUACGCCGUGCUAUCAAGUAGUGUUAAUUUAAGGACACUGUCUUAAUUUAACAAAGGGAUUGGUGCAGAUGUUUACUUCACAUAAAAUGUAGGAUCACUGUAACAGUUAUGAUCAAAUGUUAAUAUGGUUUUGGUAUUGUGCAUGUCUUUGAGGACACUGAAAUGUCUCCUAGUCAGGAGAGAUAAGAGUUUAUUAUAGCCUGGCUUGCAAUGAAGGAACCAGUAUAAAUAGAGAGAUGUAUAAGUCAUUUUAGAGACCGCGACAGAGAUAACCAGAUGACACAGUACUGGCAGAUUGAUGUAAUGAAGUUGUAAAGCUAACGACAAUGGAUUGUAUCUAUUAUGCUUUCAUUCUGAUCUUUGUACAGUGGAGCAAGGUGGUCUAUUCCUUGGAUUGUCUUUCCUGUCAACAAAUAGAUGAUCCUUAUACUUGUAAUACAACAAUUUCGUGUCCAGACAAGCAGGUGUGUUUCCUGAAUGAGCAAGCUGGAAUAUACAGUUUGGGUUGUGCUGACAAUCAGCAUUGUGGUGGGGUCGGUGGACCAGGAAUUGUAGGUCGAGGUAUUAAAGCACAACAUGAAUUUGGACAUGAUUUUGUGGAGAGGCAGUCAUCAACAUGUUUGGAAUGUUGCUCUACAAACAGAUGCAAUUCAGACCUAUGCAAACAUCCUAAACCGACCCAGUGUGUUAAUGACGAGACGGUUGACUGUGCAAAAAUGAACACACUAUUUCAUAUUUGUCAAGACGUACAACAAGCAAGUCUUGUUUGUCCAAAAUUUUGCGACUUGUGUACAUUGGUGAAUGGUAAUUGGACUCAGUGGACCGCGUGGUCAAAUUGUGGUGUCACUUGUGGUAGUGGUGUCCAAACCCGGUCUCGCUCUUGUACAAAUCCUGCACCUGCGAAUGGCGGUCGUGAUUGUUCCGGAAAUGCAACUGAAACCAAGAUAUGUCAAAGAGACCCCUGUCCAGUUCACGGAGGUUGGAGCACCUGGUCACAAUGGGGUUCCUGCUCGACUUCUUGCGACGUUGGCAUGCAGCGUCGUGACAGGCCGUGCUCGAACCCCUAUCCAGAUAUUGGAGGAGAUCAUUGUUUCGGUGAGGCAAGAGAUGACAGGAUAUGUUUCUCUGGUGCUUGUUCUGAUGGUGCCUGGGGUAGCUGGAGCAGUUGGGGUUCUUGCAGUGUAACUUGUGGCGGAGGGAUUCGAUCACAGACUCGAACUUGUACCCAUCCGAAACCAUCAUUACUUGGAAAAUAUUGCGAUGGUACUCCGAUACAAGUUAGCAUUUGUAACAAGCAAACAUGUCCUGACCACAAGAUUGCCUUCACGGCUUGGGGCACAACAGGAACUUCGCCAUUUGUAUUUCCUCACGUUAUUGAGAACUACGGCAAUGGCUAUGACAAGUCAACGGGACGUUUCACCUGUAAAGUGCCUGGAGUUUAUUACUUUGCUGCGCAGGUUUCAAAAACUUAUGGUUCAUUAACACAUUCCGUUUCAGUUCAUAUUUUUCGAAAUUCAGUUGAAGAGAUAGCUGCUUUCGAAGAGCCUUAUGUGCAUGAUAACAAGGAUGCAUAUUCUAUGAGUGUAUCAGGCAUAUUCCAUCUAAACAAAAAUGACGUUGUUAAUAUUGUAUGCAUUGGUGUCAAUACUGUUCAAACACACAACAAAUCCUCAUUUACAGGAUUUUUAGUGACACCAGAUAACUGAUUUUUUUUGGCAUAAACAGUUGUCUUUCCACAUUGAUAAAUUAUGUUGCUUUUA